CCAAAUAGAAGGAUCCCAAUUCUCACAAUCUUUCUCUAUCUGUUUCAUUUUUCUCUCUCCCCAGCGGUUCAUAGCUGCUUUGCUGGGAAAUUGACCUCGCCGGAUUAAAUUCCGUCUUGCCGGCGGAUCGCGGUCGACAGAAUUUUGCAACUCUUGGGAGAGAUCUGUGAAUGCUUACGUAUGAUGCGGAAAAAUUAUGGGUUUUGUGAGAUGGGUUUUAAAGGUAAAUUGAGGUGAAUUUCGCGUGAAUUCGAUUUGGAAUUUUCGGGGGCUUUGUUCAUUUUUGAUCGUUUGAUUGUUGAGUGCAUGAGAUGGAGGAGAGUGUGAGAUCAGGGGGAGUAUUGAAGAAGAAGAGCUCAUCAGGGUGUUUGAUUAUUAAGAAAAAAGCUGAGGUUUUGGGUAGUGCUGGGUCUUCUCACAAAGAAAAGAAGAGGCCAAGGUUGAUUAAUAGUGAUUCCGGGUCGAGUGAUGAUUCUCUUGAGACCGUUAGGCGGAAAGGGAACGACAAAAUCCGUAAUGGCUCGGUUGUCUAUGGAAGGAGGGGUGAGGAGGAAAUGGGAUUGAGGAGGAACGGUGAGAUUAUAGAGAGUGACAGGAAGAGGAGUAGGUUGGAUUUGUUUGAUUUUGAUGAGUACGAUGAGUUUGAUGGGAAAAGGAUGAGGAAUGAUUACAGGGAGAUGGGUAGUGGAAACUCUAGAGAGUUUGGAGGUGGUUCCAGUAGGAAUAUGAUGGUGGAGAAGAGGUCAAAGAUGUACUUUGAUCGUUCAGGUGGUGGAGUGAGUGGGAGGAAUAAAGUGGUUGAUUAUGGCGGUGAGAGAAGAUUUGUGUUGGAAGAUGAUGAAGCGCAUUUGCCUAUUUCAUUAUUGAGGUUAAAGUACCCAGAGGAGCCUGCUGAGCCUAUCAGAUUGCAGGGUAAAAAUGGAGUUUUGAAAGUUAUGGUGAAUAAGAAGAAAAAUAUGGAGUUGCCUUUGAGAAAAACUUACGAUCUUCAGGAAGUUGAAAAUAGAAAGGGUUCCAAGUCUGAAGAUGUUGUCAAGAAGGAGCCUUCAGUGCCGCCCACAUUCUAUUCUGAUUCCAAAAGAGCAGACAAGCGAAUUGCAUUUGUGGAGAGGGAGAGAAGUCAGUUAAAAUUGCAAAAGCCAUUGCUGGGUAAGAGCAAUAAAACUGGAGACUAUGCUGGGGAGAACCGUGAGCUGAAAUUGCAGAAGCCGCUGUGUGGUAAGAGCCCUAAAGCUAGAGAGUAUGAAUCAGAUGGGAGUGACACGUCCCUUAAGUUGGCACCACCAAGCCUACAAGCUGGUAGCUCAAAGAAAGCAGUGAAAAGGGAAACAAAAGGAUCUUUGGCCACGGAAAAUGUCCCUCUAGAUAAAGGCAGAGAACAUAAAGUUACUCCGCCAGCUGAAAAUGCCACUCCAGUCAAAGGCAUUGAUGCAAAACUUAAGCGGGGUGGGAGCACUGAAAAACAAUUAUUGCGAGAGAGGAUAAGGGAAAUGCUCAUCAAAGCUGGCUGGACAAUCGACUAUAGACCAAGAAGGAACAGGGACUACCUAGAUGCAGUGUAUAUUAACCCUGGUGGAACUGCUUACUGGUCUAUUAUUAAGGCAUAUGAUGCGCUUCAAAAGCAGUUGCAGGAAGAGGAUGGUGACAGUAAACCAGAUGGAGUUUCUUCUUCAUUUGCUCCUUUAUCAGAUGAUCUGAUAAACAAGUUGACGAGGCAAACACGUAAGAAAAUUGAGGAGGAAAUGAACAAGAAGAGAAUGGAUGAUGGUUUGACGCAGAAUUCUAAAAAAGUUUCUGCCAAAGCAUCUAGGGAGGACUCUGAUAGUGAUCAGAAUGAUGAAAAACUGAGUUCUUUCAUCAGGCAGAAUGGCAAACCAAAGAAAGGGAAAUUGCAUGAAGGAAAAAGCAAAAGUAGGGAUGAUUCAAGUGAUGAUUUGUCUAGACAGAAGCCUGAACUAGAAAGGGCUCAAAAACCAUCUAAUGUAGUACAAGGACGAAAAAGCAGGAAAAUUGGCAGAUGCACUCUGUUGGUUCGUAGUUCGGAUAUGGGGCAGAAUUCUGAAUCUGAUGGCUAUGUUCCUUAUACUGGAAAAAGGACUUUGUUGGCCUGGCUGAUUGACUCAGGCACGGUGCAGUUGAGUGAGAAAGUGCAGUAUAUGAAUCGUAGAAGAACACGAGUAAAGCUAGAAGGUUGGAUCACAAGAGAUGGAAUCCAUUGUGGUUGCUGUAGCAAAAUCCUCACAGUCUCAAAGUUUGAGCUCCAUGCUGGUAGUAAAUUGCGUCAACCAUUUCAAAACAUCAUCUUGGAGUCUGGGCCCUCCCUACUGCAUUGCCUAAUUGAUGCAUGGAAUAGGCAAGAGGAGUCUAUGCGCCGUGAUUUCUAUGUAGUGGAUGUUGAUGGUGAUGAUCCAGAUGAUGAUACUUGUGGUAUAUGUGGUGAUGGUGGGGAUUUGAUCUGCUGUGAUGGUUGUCCCUCUACUUUUCAUCAGAACUGUUUAGGAAUACAGAUGCUUCCGAAAGGUGAUUGGCAUUGUCCAAAUUGUACAUGCAAAUUCUGUGGAACUGCCAGUGGAAAUCUGAAUGAAGAAAAUGCAACUCCAAGCGAACUUUUCAUGUGCAUUCUUUGUGAGAAAAAAUAUCACAAAUCAUGCACUGAGGAGAUGGUUUCUCCACUUGCAAACACCAAUAGUCCUCUUUCUUUUUGUGGGAAGAAGUGCCAAGAGCUAUAUGAUCAAUUGCAGAAGAUUCUUGGGGUCAAACAUGAGCUGGAAGCAGGAUUUUCAUGGUCUCUAUUACAAAGAACAGAUUUAGAAUCUGACACGGCGAGCCGGGGAUUUCCUCAAAGAGUGGAAUGCAAUUCUAAGUUAGCUGUUGCAUUAUCUGUCAUGGAUGAGUGCUUUUUGCCCAUUGUUGACAGGAGGAGUGGAAUUAAUUUGAUCCAUAAUGUGCUUUAUAAUUGUGGAGCAAACUUUAGUCGGUUGAAUUAUCAUGGCUUCUUCACAGUGGUUUUGGAGAGGGGUGAUGAAAUAAUUUCUGCAGCAUCUAUCAGGAUCCAUGGACUACAAUUAGCAGAGAUGCCUUUUAUUGGAACUCGCAACAUAUAUAGGCGCCAAGGAAUGUGCCGACGGCUAUUGUCUGCAAUUGAAUCGGUCCUUUGCUCUCUCAAAGUCGAAAAAUUGAUAAUUCCUGCAAUUUCUGAGCAUAUGCAUACAUGGACUGUAGUUUUCGGUUUCAAACAACUUGAAGAUCCAGACAAGAAGGAGACGAAGUCAAUCAACAUGUUGGUGUUUCCAGGGACAGAUAUGUUGCAGAAGCAACUGUUCAAGCAAGGAAUUCCUGGCGGUCUGAAAGGUUUUGAUUCGAAAGACAAUUUGCCUCAGCUGCCUGCUUCAGCGGAAAAACCUGACAUUGAGUCCCUCCAGAAUCAGGAGAUGAACAGUGGCUCUAGGGGUGGAUCAGACCAUAAAAAUAAUGUCAGUGACAAAGCUGAGACUAUUCCUCUGUUUUCAGCUUCUGCUAUACCUUCAAAUGAUGGAACCGUAGCUGGUGCUUCAGAGACUGCUAAUGAAUCUGAUAUCCAAAUCUCUAGUAAGGAUAUCGGAGAAUCUCAGCUUGUUAAGGAUGGCGUAGAAUCUUCCAGCAAGAGCAGUUCUCGCUCUGGUGUAGCCACUGACCCUCCUGUGAUUGAAAGCUCUAUUUUGAAUUUUCCAGCCAAACCUGACACUCCAUCCUCUGUAAAUGGUUUAGUGAGUGAUGCACAUAAAGUGGAUGCACAAUUUUCUUCAUCAGGUUCUCUUCUUGAUUUUCGGUGUAAAACAUCAGAAAACAUGGUUGAGGAUGCAGAUGAAAACCACAGUCCUGUUUCCAUUGCUACUGUCCAUAAUAGUGAUGCAAAUUGCAUUCAGAACCACAAAGUAAGAAAUACCCCUUCAGCAUCUUCUUCUGGUACAGAAGUUGUGCAAGACCUGGGUAAUGGAGAUGCCUUUGGAAAAGGUUCUGAUGGUGCUGUUCCUGAAGCUGUGAUGAAAUGUGUUACUGUUGAAACUGUACCCAGAUUUUUCCCAGAAACAUCUUCACAGAAUGGUAAAGAAAUGUCUUGUAGCAAACAGAAUUUUGCAUCUGAUCCUCAGCAUAUUACUGGUGAAGAUCUAAUAUUGCGAUUUAACUCAGACUUGAAUCAGCCAGUCGCAAUGGAUGAUGAAAGCGAGUCACAGGCGUCCUUGAAAAUUGUUGGUGAUGCUAAAACAGCAAGCAAUCUGAAAAUUGAUUCUGUUGGUUGUGACAAAGGAACCUCUGCAGGUAGUGAUGCUAACAAUGAUGCUAGAACUGAUGUAAAAGGUCGUCAUUGUGAAAAUGCUUCUGAUUCCUUGAAUCAAGGCUCUUCGGGAAAUGAAUUUGAAAGGGAAGAAGAGGGUCAUAGUUCUGAUUCUGCUUCUCGACGCACAGGUGCUGAAGUCACUGCUGAGGUUAGUUUUGUUCAUAAGAACACUUCAGGAAUAGAGAAUGGACUCUUUGUUGCUUCAGAAUCUCAUUCUGAAGCAGAAGUUCCUCUUCCAGAUAAAGAAGUCCAGUGUUCAAGUGAAUUGGAACAUGGGUGUGAGGUAAAUGCAGGAGGAGUUGGUGGUUGUCCUCUUUCUGAUUCUUCUGGCGCCAGAGUUCUUGAGGUGUCUGAAACCAGAGAUCGAUUUGAUGGAGCACACAAGUUGGAUGACUCAUAGAAGGGUAGGAGAGUCCUUGAUUGUGCUGAUACAGAUCUUGGCUCUUGUGUAUCUUUGGUGCAAAAUUCAAGAGUCGAGUGAUGAGGAUAUCCUGCAUAUGAUUGUUAAGACAGUCCUAGGUUCUAGUCUAUUUAGGUGUAAAUUUUAUAUUCGGAAUUGUAAAUUGGACCAAGAAAUGCCAUUUUGGAAACAACUUUCUUUAUCCUAGGGAAUAGGCUAAGGUGCUGUGACCUCUUCGACAAGAGUUGAUCAUGGGCGAGGACUGGGUAAAAAUGGUUCAAGAACAGGGCGAUCGACUUGCCACGUAUGUCAUCUGUUGGAAGACACUUGGACUCGGUUGCUCCAGAUUAUAUGUUAACAUGGCUGAUGCUCUUGGUUAUUUGCUCCGUAUGUUCUCAGAAGUCAUCCAGCUGCAGUUCCUCCGAUCGAACAAACAAAAAGUUGGAAAGGAAGUUGCCUGAGCUGGGCAACAAAUUUUGUCAAACUCUGCUGACUCAACUGGUGAAUAUUUUCUUAGAUUUGCCUAAUGUAUAUAGCUGUAUUUGGGUUGCCAUUUUCCGAGUAUUGGAGACCUUGUAUUCCAUCAUUUAACGGUAAUUUAAUCAGAAUAUCGUUUAGUUUCUCGC